UUUAGAUUGAUUUACUUUGAAGAAAAAUAAUAGGUUAGCUUUUUGACUGCUAGUUUCUUACAUUCAUUCGAGGCAAUGUUUGUUUAACAAAAACAAAAUGGCAAAAAGAGUUCACCCUGAAGGACAAGAAAAUGAUGCGUUUGAGCAUGAAGAAGCCUUUGGAGAAAUGGAUGUAAAAAAAGAAAAAAAGAAUGGAAACAAAGUGAAACAUACCACAUUCCAAGAUGUUGUCAAUCUUGAACUACAAGCAAAAGCCGCAGGAAAAGAAUGGCAUCAUUUUAUCACAAGAAAAAGAAAAUUUUUUCGAAAAGCUGAUUCGGAUGUGGGUUCCAUGCGUACUUACUCAAGACUGGCGGCAUUCCAAGAAAGAGAACUUGGACUUGAUAUUGAAUCAGAUGAGGAUGAUGGACAACUUCCAGCGAGUGCACCAAAUGGGGCAAUAUCGUCUACUUCAAAACAAGUUGACAGAAGCAAAAUAAGGUCAUUGAAUAAGAAGGUGAUUGGACAUUUUGUAUCGCUUAAUCAACUUCCACAUGAAAGUGCAGAGGUAAAUCUGGAGCUUUUAUCAUCAUUAUUUGCACAAGGAGCUGAGGCCAAUUGCUGUGAUAGAUAUGGACAAACGUUAUUACACGAGGUAGCAAGACUUUGGCAUGUUGAUGUUGCAGAGUUUCUCAUUGCUAAAGGAGCUGAUAUCAAUCGUUCUGAUCGAUACGGUAGGACACCAAUUCAUGUUGCUGCGGCUACAGAUUACCCAGAAAUGAUAGAAUUUUUUGAAAAAAGUGGAGCUAAUAUUGAGGCAAGAACAGCAGAAGAAUUGCAAACUCCGCUACAUUUUGCUGCUCGGAAUGACGCCGUCGAUGCUUGUAAAAUCCUUGUUAAACUUGGAGCAAAAGUUGAAACUUAUGACUAUCGACGAAGGACACCACUUCAUACAGCUGCAGAACUAGAUCGCAGUGAGACAGCUAGAUGGUUGGUGGAAAAUGGAGCAAAUGUUGGAGUUACCGAUGAUUCUGGUUUGUCUUGCAUGACGCACAUGAUAACAAAGAUGGGGCCAGUGGCAAGAGAUGCAUUGGACACAUUUCAUAAGAUGGAUAGAACGAAUAGAAGACAAUAUUUUCAUCUGAAUUUGCUGGAGCAUGAUAUAACUGACGAUAAGCGCAUUACAAGAUCCAAAGAACAAGGUAUUCACGGGAGCCUUGCGAAAACCCCGCUGCAAGUUAUAGUCAGUUACAAACAACUAGAUAUUAUUAUGCAUCCGGUCAUUUUGAAAAUGCUUGAAUUGAAAUGGAGCAAGUUUGGAAGGAUGGGCGCAAUCAAAUUGACUUGUCUCAAUUUACUCUACAUAUCAUUAUGGACAGCUCUCGCUGUUGGUGUUCCAUGGCAAACAAGAUAUUUAUAUAUUCUUCCUGGAUUGGAUGUUUGGAGAAUUGUUAUCUGGAUAUUUGCUUUUGGAAUGACAUUGUAUUAUAUUGGAAUUGAAAUUAAUGAAAUAAUAACAUCAAGACGAAGGUUUCAUAAAUGGAAAGAAUGGAGAGUUAAUCAUAUUAAUAAAGAUAUGAGAUAUACACAUCCAAAAUGGCCAGAGGAAAGGAAUUAUCUUGAAAGAGAGAUUGAUACACUUGAUGAUAUGUUACCAUCAUAUUUCCAAGAUUUCUGGAAUUUUUUUGAUUGGACUGUUUACUUUCUAAAUUUUGCAGUCCUGGUCACUCAUGUAUUGAACAUCAUAGUAUACAAUGCUAACAAUCGUCCUCCACCUUGCUGUGGUGAAAGUGGUUGUGAUAUUACUGCUGAACAGAUUCAAAAUGGAAGUUUAACUGAUAAGGGAUCAUGUGCACUUCCUAAUGCAUAUGUUAACAAUGCUUGUCUGAGUGUCUGGGUCAACAGAAUAUUUGUCUUGAACAUUAUCAUGAUGUGGCUGAGACUGAUGAAAAAUAUGAGAUCUUUCAGAACUCUUGGACCGUUUGUUGUAAUGUUGGGCAAGAUAUUCUAUGACAUUCUACGCUUCCUAUUCUUAUAUUUUGAAUUUUAUAUUCCGUACGCUUGUGCUUUUUGGAUGAUAUUUGGAGAUGAACCAAGCAUACAAAGCAUGAGCACUGUGGAUCAAAUGUUAUUUUCAUUGUAUCGAAUCACAUUGGUUGAUGAAUAUGAAUAUGAUCAAAUGCAUGCCUAUGAUGUUGUCAUGACCUAUAUAUUAUGUGGAACAUUCCUUGGUAUCAGUGCCAUCUUAUGCAUUAAUUUAUUUAUUGCACUGUUGUCUGAUACUUUUCAGAGAGUAUAUGAUAAUGCGAACGCCAAUGCAGUAAUGCAACAAGCAAUUCAAAUUCUGUCAAUUGAGGAAAACUUGAGUCAUGGACAAAAGGAAAGAUUCAGGAGUUUCAUUCAAAAGAAAUGCAGUCCAUUAGAAGAAUAUUAUGACGAUGAUUUAACAACAUCCCAGGAAGAUAAUCUGAAAAAAGUUACUUUUCAAAUCAAAGAUCAAAUGGAAGAAGUAAUUGAACAUUUAAGACUUGAUGAAAAAGAAAGACAAGAUCUGGAGAAUCAUCUUCAUGCUGAUAUUUUGUCUUCAACUGACCAUGUAAUACAAAAUCUGAGACCACGAAGUCGAAUGGAUGAACGAAACUCAUCUCGAUUCAGUCAAUAUCAAGAUUAUGAUAAUAAAAAAGGAAUGAUGGGAAGAACUGGAAUUGCUAGGUUGUCAUCUGAUAUAACCAAUAUCGUCAGUACAGUCAAUAAUAUGCAGGAAGGAAAUGUUGAAACUUUAAAUAAGAUGCAGAAAGAUUUAAAAGAAAUCAAAAGUAUUCUUCGUCAUUUGAUAAGUUCAGAAUCUCAACAAAGAAAACCAAGAAAAAAAGAUUCGGAAAGUCAUCAAAAAUCAGGCAGUCUUCCACCAGCUUCCAUUAUAGAUCCACCAGUCUUCCCUCUUGAAAUUCGAACUCUUCCUCCAAUACAAGACCUUCGACAAAAAAGAUCUCAAGAAUUUGAGCCAAUAAGACACCCAUCAUUGGAUAGAGUGACAGCAGAAGAUGUAAGAAGAUCUGUUGAAGAUAAUUUAUUGAGAAGAUUGAUUCAUUCAUCACAAGAUUCAAGAGCAAACAGAAAUGCAAGACAAGAUGACUUAGAUUUUGAGAUGACUCUGUUGCCUGGGUCACCUGCUCGAAGCACACCGAGACCAGACCUGUCAACCAGUUCAAGAACGCCACCACCUAAUAGAACUGUGGCAUUUCAGGAUCCAGAACAGUCUGAUUUGAAUAUUGGAGACAGGGGAUCAUCAAAUGUGUAAUUUUUGCAUGUGAACAAAUGGUAGAUGUGUUAGUUAGAAUAGUGUUUAUAUUAGAAAACUAGAUUCAGUGAAAUAAUGCUCGGUUCUGAAGUUUAUAUGUUACAUCGACUAGAAUUUUUAAACCCAAAAUUGAUAGACCAGGCAACAUUUUUUCGUUCCAAGUUCUUCAUCUUUGGUGUGAAAAAUGUUUUCAUAUUUUUUUUACGAUGCCCAUUCACGCCGAUCACUUUCAACAAGCCGAUGCAGCCACUGAUACCUAAAAAUAUGUGAAGGGUGUGCCAAGAAAGGCCAUGGCACCCACAAACUGUGUGAUGGAAUCGUCUAAUCUAUAUUCGCUUAAAUCAAAAGCACAUUGUUCAUGAUCGUGAAUCUCUUUUCACACCCGAUGAACUACUACUAUUUGGUAGGCAUUGUUACACCACAAUAUUGAAAAUAUGUAAAAGAUAUCCAGUUUUUGAAAUCUAAAUUUGCUGCUUUAAAAUAUUAUUAGAUAGUUUUUACUAAAAUUUCUUUCUUACUUUUGUGUUGUUACAAAUAUAUGGGAUUUUACUCUGUUACACGAAAUUUGUUAUUGUUUGUGAUAUAUUCCCCUAUUAAACAUUGCUUUAGAUUUAGUCAUUUAGUCAUUAGUCAUUUAGAAAUUUGACUUCAGAAAUUCAGUAUUUCAAAGCUCUAUUCCCAUUACCUAAACAGUCAAAUUUGGUUUAAGCUUGUUUUAUUUUUUCGUUUCAGAAUUUUCUUACAAAUUUAUAACAAUAAUUUUUAGAUACCGGUAUAUUAGAUUUUCACUGAUAUUUUCUUAUCCGUCCUGAUACGCACACAUACUAUUAUCACAAUUAGGAAUGUACUAGAGAUUGAAUUCAAUGAAAUUAAUACCUCAAUUAUGAUUUUUGCCCUUCAUUUUGUUUGAGAUUAUUUAUAUUCGAUUCUAUCCCAUUUUAGCUUGCCAGAUACAAUUUGUUUUUACAACAUAGGUAUCAUUAACUUCUCCAUUUCUCAAGCAUAGCCCAUAUUAUGUAUGGUGGUAAUAAUGUAUGGUAUGGCAUCUAAAACAAUUUUCGCUUCUAUAACUUAAUUAAUUUUUUUCUGGUUUGGACAACUUCAAAACAUUAAUAGUCUCAUUUAAGUGAUUGAUUUAUAGAAAAUGAAAUAUUGAACAAUAAAUUAAUAAAAAAUUGUAAUAAAAAAUAUUUUGCAAGUAGAUAUUAUUGGGUAUUUUUUUUUAUAUUUCAUGGUUGUGAUCACACUGUUCAACAAGGCAGGAAUACUUUAUUGAAUACAUUAUUGAUUAAUCUAUCGUUAAUUCUGACGCUAGGUGUAUAAAGCAUCGCGUCUGAUGUUUUAUUUAACAAAUUAAAUUUUUUGCACAUGCUUUAUUGCACUAUACACAUUCUUCCAAUUUAUGCUUUUAUAUUUUUUUUUUCGAACUUCUUGUGUUUAAUUUUAUAUAAUGAAAUUGAUCACUGUAAUAUUUUGAUUUCUUCAAUUGCUCUAUUUAUAUGAUAAUUGUAAUUAUGAAUACUAUGGAAAUAAUUUAUAUUGCUGGCAUAUUAUGUUCCUAGUUCCAUUUUCCGCUA